GACGGCGGAAGAGAUGUAGCAGCGUCACCAUCGCCCGGCCCCUUAAAACGCUGCUGGCUGGAGCCGCCUCCCUCCCUGCAGCCCGCGGCGGGGAUGGAGUAAAGGGGGACCCAUCGACCUGCCCGCGGGGAUCAGCGAUGGAGUUAAAGCAAUCUCUAUCCACCCAUCUGGAAACCGAGAAGCCUCUGAGGCGCUAUGGGGCGGUGGAGGAGACGGCGUGGACAGCGGAGGGACUGGGGAGAAAUCAGCUGGACAUCAUCUCCAUGGCAGAGACAACCAUGAUGCCCGAAGAGAUAGAGCUGGAGAUGGCGAAAAUUCAGCGCCUCCGGGAAGUCUUGGUCCGCCGGGAGUCUGAGCUCAGGUUUAUGAUGGACGACAUCCAGCUCUGCAAUGACAUUAUGGACCUGAAGCAGGAGCUACAGAACUUGGUUGCCAUCCCAGAAAAAGAAAAGACCAAGCUGCAAAAGCAGAGAGAGGAUGAGCUAAUCCAGAAGAUCCACAAGCUGGUGCAGAAGAGAGACUUUCUGGUGGAUGAUGCGGAGGUCGAGCGGCUAAGGGAGCAAGAAGAAGACAAGGAAAUGGCGGAUUUCCUGAGAAUCAAGUUAAAACCCCUAGAUAAAGUAACCAAAUCUCCAGCCAGCUCCCGAGCAGAGAAGAAAGCAGAGCCUCCACCUAGCAAGCCCACGGUGGCCAAGACUGGGCUGGCACUCAUCAAGGAUUGCUGCGGAGCCACCCAGUGUAAUAUCAUGUAGCCCCCCAUGUGGGGUGCCCCCGGGGCCACGGGGACCCCCCCUCCCACCCUCUUGUCUUCAUAGCCCCCAUUUCACAGGGGCCCAAGAGCUCUCCAAGGCAGAAGGGGUUGAAGGCAAGCCUAUGACUGCCGCCAGGGGCCGUGGGCGUGGCGGGCGGGCCCGGCCGCCCUGUACAGAGUGUAGCAAUAGGGAGUCCCUCACUGUCGCAUGGCCCCCCCCAGAGCAUGCCAAACCCAGGAGUCUGUCUCACUGUUUAUCCAACCACCAGGAAAGGUCCUCCCUUGAAAAAGUAUAUCUCCACUUCUAUCUAUCUAUAUCUAACCUACCGUGCGAAUGAACUGGGAGAGGGGCAUGAUCCCCAGGUGUGUAUAGUCGUGACUUUUCAACAAUCUAGCACCAUGUUGGACACAUCCCCCAUCCACCCUUCUAGCUCUGCUAUCAGGCCUGCCCUGGAUGGGCACAGCUCCCAUCUCCCAUCUGUCCUCUCCCAGGGGCUGUGCUCUGGAGGGCUCCACACAGCCCAUGCGUCUUGGAGACAUGAAGGCCCAUCUGUAAAGACUGAGCUUGUGUGUGGUGUUGUGGUUACGUCUCCUGCUUCUUCCCCUCCUGUGUCUGGGCACGGUUCACAUCGGGAGUGUGUCCAUUUGCUCUUCAAAUAGGCAUUCUAGAAGGAGUGAUAACAGAAAACAUUCCCUUGCAAUGUCUGCCCCAGGUGUGUGGAGCAAAGUGGGUAUGAGGGCCUGGGCUGGAGCACAACCAGUGCUCAGAAGAGGUAGCAGAGUGCUGGAGGCUCCAACACCAGGCAUGGGCAGAUGAGAAGGGGACCCAGAGCAGAUGCUGAUUCAGGCGCUCUCCACCCACUGGGGGCCACUGGAGGGAGUGCCAGCAGGACACCACUCACCAGCCUAACACAAAGACCUCCGGAAACAGCAGCGGCAGGCGGGAGAGGUGGCCUGACCCAACCGUGUCCCAUCGUUUGGUGGUGUAUUUUAACCAGCCUAAUAAUUCCACCUGUGUAACUUGAUGUACAUUUGCGACAGCCAGCCCGGCACAGCCCAUGUGACCUCUCUGUGCGUGUGUGUGUUGUGACCGGCCUAACGUAGUUAGCGUAACUCAAGAUUCGCUGAUGUGCAACCAUCCAUCAGAGAAAAUAAAAAUGGAAACCACGUACACAGGA